AUGUAAGUCUCUUUUUCAUAUCAUUUUGGCCUGACUAAUCAGUUUUGUAUACAUCUCUGUGUUUCUUAAGCAAACUCGGCAAAUUUCAGCAUCUUAGAAUUUGAGCUAAUCAAUGGAUGAAAUAGAAAUACCUCAAUAUUUCAUCUGUCCAAUAUCACUGCAAAUCAUGAAGGACCCUGUUACAGCGGUUACAGGCAUCACUUACGACAGGGAAAGCAUAGAGCAAUGGUUGAAGACUUCAAAGCACACGACCUGCCCCGUUACCAAGCAGGCUUUGCCAUCGGAUUCUGAUUUAACACCCAACCACACGCUGUGGCGGCUGAUUCAGGCAUGGUCUGCAGCAAAUGCAAGUAAUGGCAUGGAUUUAAUUCCCACACCCAAAACUCCUGUCAGCAAGAGCCAUGUUGUUAAACUCAUUCGUGACUUUGGAGUCCCUAGUUUGUAUAUGAACGCUUUGAAGAAAAUGGAAGUCCUUGCCGAGGACAAUGAGAGGAAGCGGAAAUGUCUGGAGGAAGCAGGUGUCCCGAAGGCUGUGAUUUUGUUAUUAAUCACAUGUCACAGACAAGGUAAAAUUAGCUGUCUUGAAAAAGCUUUGAGGAUUCUGCAUCUUAUUUGGACACCAUGUAGUGAAAUCAAGGCUCUUGUAAAUCAAAAUUGCGAUUUCAUAGACUGUUUGACAUGGAUUCUUUUGUGUGAGACCGAGAAUCCUGUUAUUGUCACGACUCAUGUAAUGGUAAUCUUGAAAAGGGUGAUUGAAGUCACUAAUUCAAGGUUGUUGGAGAAGUUGAAACCCGAAUUCUUCAAACAAAUGUUAAGGGUAGUGAAAUCCAAAACCUCUCAACAAGCUACCAAAUCCGCCUUGCACAUCUUGAUCCAAACAUGUCAAUGGGGAAGAAACAAAUCCAAAAUGAUGGACGCCAAUGCGAUUUUCGAGCUCAUCGAAUUUGAGCUGGAGAAACCCGAAAAGCAUGUGACGGAACUGAUCAUCAAUCUCUUGGCACAUCUCUGUUCAUGUGCCGAUGGAAGAGCUCAAUUUCUAGGCCACGCCGGGAGCAUAGCCAUGGUGGCUAAAAGGAUCCUAAGAGUCUCUCCGGCGACAGAUGAUCGAGCUGUUCAAAUACUUAAAUCAAUCUCCAAAUAUGCUGCAACAAAACAUGUACUUGUAGAGAUGUUGAAGGUUGGGGCAGUAACAAAGCUUUGCAUGGUAAUGCAAGCAGAUUGUGCCGCAUAUGUCAAAGAGAAAGCCAGGGGAAUCCUUAGAUUACACUCCAACUUAUGGAAUGGUUCUCCCUGUAUUGCUGUUUAUCUGUUAACCAGGUACCAAAGGUAACCCCGGUCACAAAUUUAUAAAGUAGUUCAGUUUUAAGUUGAAAGAUUAUGAUAAGAGUGAUGAAUAAUCAAAUACCAUUGCCUUCUAAAUGUGUAUAAGAAAAUUUAUGAUAUUUGGUUGUGUUUUGGUGAGAAUAGUUGCCUUGGAAAAUAUCAAUUCUAUAUAUGUUUACUCAUGGACCUUUAUUGUUGUAAUAAUUUAAAAG